UAACUUAAAUAAUUAAAUUAACAUAUUAACUAUCAUUAAAGAAGAAUUAAUCUAUGAUAGAGAGUAAAUGUACCUAAAAUAUAUCCUAAAAAAGAAUCAUCCAAAAUUGUUUUGCAGCAAAUUAAAAUCUAAGGUUGGCAAUUGUGAUUGUUAGGGCAGAUACCCGCAAACAAUCAGUUGAAUCCAACGUAUUCGCGCAAUGAACUAUUACGAAAACAAGUUCGCAAAUCGCAAACUUGAGCAUUUUGUUUAGUUUCAGUUUGAAUUUGUUAAUUGAGAUCCCCGAACCAAACUUGUUCUUCAAUUCUCUUCUUCUUCUUCUUCUUCUUCAACCAGCUACUGAAACGACACCGUUUCAAUCAAUGGUGAAAGGUCUGCACGGCCAAAACCUCCCUACCGAUGUAGCGCAGGUGGUUGAUCAGUUGGAGCGCCACUGCUUGGCUCCUGAUGGAUCUCUCAUCUCCAAGCCUCUCUAUAACGAUCUCCAACUUGCCAGAGAGGAAAUGUGCAGGGAAAGACUUCGGUACCUCGAAGCCAUGGCUAUAUAUUCUGAGGCCAUUGCGAUGGUGGAAGAGUAUCAUCAAGCCAUUUCUGUGUCGAGCAUUGGUGGAAUUAGAGAUACUGGCGGUCUUUAUCCGCAGUUUGGAUUGAGAAACACUCCUCAGGUUUAUCAGACAUUAGAACACCAAAUGAUUGUCGCUGAAGCGGCUCAACGAUUGAGAUUACCUCUUAUAUCCAAAGAUGGAGAAGUUCACGAUGAAGAUAUUGAAAAGCUAAGCGUAGUGUCUCGAAGCUCCCUUGACAGUGCUGGCACCAGCACCGUGAUCAACUCAAGCAUGAAUUCUUCUAAUUAUUCCACUCCAAACAGCUCUGUUAACGGGGUUAAUUCUUCUCUUGCUUCUAUGGAUCCAGUGGAAACUAAAGUUGGUGGUGUUCCUAAUCGUUUUCUCGGAAUUACACCUGCAUAUUUGUGGCAAACUCAGCAUCAACAAACACCUUUAUCUGUGGAUAUGACAGAAUAUCGCAUGUCUCUCUCACGUGAGGUAGAUGCUCGCUUGAAAAUGAAAUGUGACAAGUUAUCAGAUGCUUUUGUAUUGGAUGACAACGAUUCAUCAUCAUCCGGUAGUCAAAGUUCAACUUCACGGCUUCCAGAAAGAGUGAAGUUGUUGAUUGAGGAGAUUGAAAGAGAAGAAGCAUCACUGAGAGAUGACCUUUAUUCCGCUGAUAGAAAAUUCGCUGAAUAUUAUAAUGUAUUGGAGCAGAUACUUGGGGUGCUUAUUAAACUUGUCAAAGAUUUGAAGUUGGAGCAUCAACAUAAAUAUGAUGAUCUGCAGAAAACAUGGCUCUGUAAAAGAUGUGAGACAAUGAGUGCAAAAUUGAGGGUUCUAGAACAUGUUCUCCUCCUUGAAACUUACACUAAGGAGUCUAUACCUGCCCUUCAUAAGAUAAGGAAGUAUCUCGUUGAGGCUACUGAAGAGGCUUCUAUUGCAUAUAAUAAAGCGGUUACUCGUCUGCGUGAGUACCAGGGUGUUGAUCCUCACUUUGACAACAUUGCAAGACAGUACCACGACAUUGUAAAGAAAUUGGAGAACAUGCAAUGGACAAUCGACCAAGUCGAAAUGGAUCUGAAACGUUUGCCGGAUAAUGCUAGUACAUAGAAGUUUAAUGUUGUGUUCAUUUAACAUGGUUUUGUUGUCUAUAUGUGAAUGGUGUUAAAGGCAUGACCCCUUUCCUUAACCCUGUAUUUGUUGUCACUUCUGAUAGAGAUAAAGACCAUUUGGUUUGAAACAUCAUUCCAUUGUGGUGCAUUAGGAAGAGUGAGUUGAUAUAUUAAUCCAGAAAAAGCUAAAGGCUAUGAAAAUCAACUUAACGAAACUCACGAAAGGCGUGGUUAUUGAAGUAGAGUUACUUUUCUAUCUUUAUAAACUGUUUUUUACAACACUC